AUGCAAGCCGCUCUACUCUCAAUGGACGGCUUCCAUCUCUCCCGCCGCGAACUUGAUGAGCUCCCGAACCCCAAAGAGGCACAUAUCCGACGCGGCGCCCCCUGGACUUUCGACGUAUCCCGAUUUGUAACAUUCAUGCACCAAAUACGCCAAUGGGCCGACAACACACCCCUACCAAAAGAAGGAAAGUGGCCAUCCGACCACGUCCUUAGCGCACCGACGUUCGACCACGAAGCGAAAGAUCCCGUUGAAGAAGGCAUCUUCAUCACGCCCGAUGCAUCAAUCAUCAUUGUCGAGGGGAAUUAUCUCCUCCUCGACGAGCCAGGCUGGCGAGACCUCGCGACGCUCUGUGAUUAUCGCAUCUUCGUCGAAACGGAUCUUCUAGAGGCGCGGGAUCGGACGGCGAAGAGACAUGUUCAGGCGGGUAUUGAGAAGACUCUGGAAGAUGGCUAUCGGAGGGUUGAUACUAAUGAUUAUCUUAAUGGGAUUUCCAUCCAGGAAAAGUUGAUUGUUCCGGAUAUUGUUGUUAAAAGUGUUUCUGUUCAUGCGGAUGCAUAG